GGUGGCAAGAUCCCGUGCGUGGCUGCUCUUCGCGAUCAUUGGCGGUGGUUCAUAUCUCCGGAGUGUGACGCGUGCACAAGAUGCUUCAAAGGCAUUGCCCACGUGGGCAAAAAAGCGCUGACUGAGUACAAGAGAUACGUGAUCAAUGGCCACACUGCCCUUCCGGAAGAAACCCCUGGGCCAAACCCCAACCACCAGUUCCGUGUGAGGGUCCAAGAGGAUCACUGCGACAGUUGGCUGAACUACAUUUACCACUUCUUGGCCGAGCAUCGUGCCGACAUCAAGGCAAAGCGGUUGUCCAUGACACCUGGAGUGAAGGCUGCCACUGGACAGGCACAUGUUGAGCACGUCCGCUCGACAUUCAGGGGCCGCGCCGUGUGCGCGCGCUUGGACCGCAUGUGCGAGGAGUCGUGCAGGGGCCAGCCGCAUCCAGAGCCUCGGUCCAAUGAGGACUCUCUCUUGACCCUGUACAUUGACGGCAUGGACCAGGCCAAGUUUCGGGUCCCUCGCAACCUGGAGGCUACCAAGGAGUUCGAGAAGUGCUGGAGACCGGAUCUCCAUGUCGUGUGCGUGCUGGUGCCAGGCCUCACAGAGCAGUACUACAUCAUGAACACGGACUUGGCCAAGGACGCGAACAUGGAGGCCACGCUUGUGGCGCACGCGCUCGACCUGUGCUCUGAAGCUCUCUGGGCUCGCGGCCGCCGGCUCCCAGCCCACCUCCAGGUCUUCGCCGACAACACUACGAGGGAGGCCAGAAACCAGCACUUCUUCAUGUUUCUGUCGAGCCUCGUGAGCAAGCAAAUAUUCCGGUCGGCUGCCAUUGGCUCCUUGCAAGUUGGACACACGCAUAAUUGCGUGGACCGGAGGUUCAGCGUGAUCUCCACCGAGCUUGCGCGCCAAGAGAUCUUGGAGACCCCAGAG